AUGUAUCCUUCAUCAAUGCUUGGUCGCGUGUUUUUGGUUACUGGUGCUUCGGAUGGCAUCGGGAAGUACACAGCACUACGCUUGGCCCAGACGGGGGCUACCGUACUGAUGCACGGCCGCAAGACCAACAAACUCCCGCAAGCCGUGAACGAGAUCUCGCAGAAGACAGGUAACAGGUGGCUGGAGGCUUACCCGGCCGAUCUGUCCUCCUUGAGCCAAGUCCGGGCUCUCUCAGAGGAGAUACACCGCAAGCAUGGUCGCCUGGAUGUCCUGGUCAACAACGCCGGUGUGUUCAUGCCGACGAGGACCGAGACCGAGGACGGGUAUGAGAUGACAUUGGCUGUCAACGUCCUCGCUCCGUUCCUGCUUACCUCGCUGCUCAUGGAUCUCCUCCGCUGCGGGAAGUCAAGCCGAAUCGUCCACGUGACUUCCUACUCACAUACGCAGUGCACAGCUCUCAACUUGGAUGACCUGACAACAAAGGUCAACUACGGUGACGGCCGACCGGCUUACGUCCUGUCCAAGAUGUGCGAGGUGCUCUUUACGUACAAGAUGGCAGAGCUCUUCAAGUCAAUAGGAGACCAUAACAUCACCGUCAACUGUGUUGACCCUGGGAUGGUGAACACCUCUAUGCUUAUCAAAGCACGAGGCGGUCUAAUUGGAAUGCCCGUUGAGAACUCGGACUUUGUACUCAGGGCAGCCUCCGACCCCGCGCUGGACGGGGUAACAGGGAAAUAUUUCGAGGACAACAAGGACACUAAAUCUGCGGAUAUUUCUUAUGACAAGACUCUGCAAGAUAACUUGUGGAAUGUCUUGCGUGUGCUUACAGGGACGGUUUGUUUAUAUUAUCAGUAGAUACUAAAACUGUACUGUAGUUUCUAUGUCAAAGUCGUAAUGACAUAAACUGCAAAACGAUUAACAUGAUGCUUUAACAAACAACAGGUGCACUUCAUUAUGUAGACCCCUAGUAUUUUUAGUCUUAUGUGGUCACGGAAGCGUCUUUUAAUUGAGGGAAAGAUGAAAUAUCUGAUUAAUCUAAAGACAUUGUAAUUGACAAUUGAGAAUUUGAUUUUUUUUAAGCUUUAACUGUGUACUUUUUCAUACAUUUCAGGAGCCUCAAAUGCUAGACGCGGUACAUUCUCUGCGUGAUUUUAUUUCUCACAAACGGUAGUGUUGUUUGCAUUAUGCCUGCCUAUCUUGAAUUAGUUACAAACAUGUUUGCGUGGGCAACUACAAUGUAGUAGAAACGGUGUUAUUCACACGUAUGCAUUUCUCUUGGUGAA